AUGAGAUCAUAAAGUCCUUUACUAUCCCCUUAAAAUUAUAAGCAAACUACUAAAUUAUUAACUCCUUCAUAGAAUAGACAUGUAUCACAAUUAUCAACUGGAUAAAUAAAAUCUAAUACCCCUUAGACUGAUAGUAAACUAAAAAAAAAGGAAUUCUAGCUUUUAAUUCCAUAAUAGGUUUCAGAAAAACUUAAAUUAUUUCAAACUGCUAAUAACUAUUAUCGCCCUAAUAGUAUAACGAAAGUUAAGCCCUCUGAAAGUCCUACAAGAAUUUUUUUUAAAACAGGAUAUGAAUAAUAAGAAGAAAUAAAGAAGUUGAAUUCAGAAAAUCAAAAUUUAAAAGAGAUUAUUGGAAAAUAACAAGAAUAAUUGAAAUAGUUUUUGGAAUUAGAAAAUAUUAUUGAAUUAAAUAAAUAGCUUUAGGAAAAAAUAGAAAUUUUAGAAAAAGAUAAUUGCUUACUUAAGUAAAAAGUUGAAGGGAAUAACAAAAAUGAGUGA